CGGUAGGGGCAACAAGUGUGGGCGGUGAGAGAGUGGUGGAGCAGCAGCGGCAAUAGCAGCAGUAGAUGCAGUAGAUAGCAGCAGCUGCCCACUGCCCCCUGCCUCCCCCCCACUGUACACCCACCCACUGCAACACAACACAACGAGACCUCAAUCCACCAAACACAGCUCAGCCGGAGAGACAAAAGCUGCAUUUUAAAGUAAUCCAGGGAAAAGUGCAAUGAGUUGGUCACACACAUCCCUGAGAGAAUGAGGACGCAGGCAAUGAGUGAGCACAGUUAAAAGUUGCUGCUCCAGUCAUAUGUAACGAGGCCCCAUUGAGGUUGCUGUGGACUUUGGAAGAAAAACAUCAUCUGACUGGUGAUUUUUCCAUUGACAGCCUCUGUCAUGAGACUCUCACCAAAUCAAGCACCAUUGUAUGGGGAGUCUGUCCUGUCGGUGCUCUUGGGUGAGGAUGAUGUAGCGGUGAAAGACGAUGUAGCCCUCUACCUCAUGUUCUCCGGCUCCAGCCAGCAUCAUUUAACCAGCACGCAGCGAGUAGACACCAACAUGUUGCAGACUGUCGCUCCCGCACACAACUGUUGUGAGAUGGUGAAAGUUUUGCUGUACGCCUCGAAGGAAGGGGUUCCUGUUUCUGUGGUGGCGGAAGAGAAUUUCCAGUACGUGCAAGAUCCCACCUACGAUAUGGCACGGUUCCUGGUGAGCAGUGCUGGCUCCCAAGAGGCACUCAACGCCAUCAGGAUCAUGGACAACUUCCGCAUGUCCUCCGCCGACGUGACUCUGCUCGAUAAAGAUCUGACCUUAAAGGUGCAACAUUUGGUGCUGCCUUCCAAGUGGAAUGUCCUGGGGCCAGACAUCAACCUGCAAGCUUCGAUCCCUCGGGAGACGUUAAUGCAUUUCACAGCAAGACUGGGUCUGUCCCGGCUGGCCUCGUUCCUGCUGCAGCAGCCAGGUGGGCAGGAAGCGCUUGGUAUUCCCAACCUGGAUGGCGCCACGCCCAUCAAUCUCGCAGCUCAGAGGGGCUUCCGUGGUCUGGAGCAGCUUUUUGCACAACAAAACCCGGCCGCAGCGUUGCAGGAGGAUGUAACACCGAUUGUAUCCUCCGAAGAAUGCUCUGUGCGCUUUCAGCAGCAUCUGAAUGUUUACAUGUACACCAUCAAUAACCCCCAGGGAGCAGAGCUCAACAGCAUGGAGCACAACAUCAGUGAACUGCAGAGAUACAUGCACUCUCACAGGCACGAAAUGGAUGCACUUCCUAUACCAUCCCUCCACUCACAGCCAGGGAUCUCAGCGCCUGUUGAAUGCUUGAGAUCUGAAGAGAACAAAGCAGAUUGCAAGUCCGAAGCCAUCUGCCCGAUUGCACUAAAGCUGUCGGAGAUACCCGUUGAACAAUCAGUUGGUGUGUCACCAGAGGAACGCACGCUAACUAAUGCAGAGUUGGAUACCAUUCGGUGUCCGGAGUCAACAUUGGCCAAUGAUCAAAAAAAUAUCACUGAAGUGAUAAUGGAGGAUGAAGCUGCAUUCACUGUACCAGCUGAAGGAUCUAGUUAUCCAGUGGAUUCCGAGAAACCACUAUGUAACCUUGUGAAGGACACGUCUGACAGUGAAUGUGAUCAAAGCAGUCCAUCCUACAAUGGAGAACAUGAGGGAAUUUUAGAGUCAACUGAGGAAUUGCAUCCCAGCCAAGAGUGUGCCCUCAAAUGCGACCUUCCCGAAAUGCUCCCGGACAGUUUGGUGAUUGGAAAUCCUGAUGAAGGGACAAUAGACUCUGAGAAAAGUCUCCUUUGCACGGAGAUGGAGACUGCUGCCUCUGAGGGAACGAAGUCGGAAGAAGCUGAAGAACGUGCUGUGUUCGCUGCCACUGAAAGUGCACCUGCUGAUGGGCAUGUGGAUUUUCAAGGUGAACAACUGUACAAUGAGAGCACUCCAUUCACUGAACUGCUGGAGGAAGCAACAGUGGGGUUGGAGCUUGAGGACAAUCGUCCCCGUGCGGAGACUGAAGGUUCUCAAAUGCACGCAGCAAAUGAAGUGAAUGCUGGAGCAGGCUGUGAGGUAAACGUUCUUGAUGAGGUGUGUGCAGCUCGUGUGGACUCCAUUUGUGAUUCAGAUGAUGGGUUUGAAGGAGUACAUCACCGACGGACUGAGGGGGAUGAGACGCAUCCACCAAAUCCAGAGCUGCCUUGUUCUUUAAACACCGUUGAGUUAGAACGGAAUGAUACAACUUUCGACCUGCCACCAUUAGAUGAACAAAAUGAUGCGGCUUUGAAGGUGUUACCGUUCCACGAACAGUGUGAUGUGAUAUCAGAAGUGCAAUCUUUACAUGAAGAAAAUAAUAACACAUCAGAACAGUUACCUCUAUGUAAUUUAGAAAGUGAACCAGAACAACACGAUGACCAGAUGGAAGCGGACUGCCCUUGUGAUGACGAGUGGUCUAAGCAGGUUGAUGCUUUGUUGGAAACCGCUUCUGAUUCCAGUUUGGGGGAGGACCAAGCACUGCCGAAGGAAGUCCAAGCCAUGGAGGGUUUAAAGGAAGAAGUUUCUUCAGACGAGGGCGCAGAAGAGGUGUUGCCCAUGAGCACCGCGGAAACGCAUUCUACCUUGCCAGCGUCUUUGGAAAUCCCACUUAAUGAAGAUCAUAGUCCCGACAGAGUUAAAAAGGCACCGGAGUUUCUCCGCAAAUCCAGCGAUGCAGUGCUGUAUUCCCCGAGUCAAGAAGUACUGCUCAGUAUAGUAGAGGAGCCCGCAGAUUAUAUGAUAAACAGUUCCUCGGAUUCUGAGGAUCGCUUUGAAGAAUGCGGGAAGCCUUCACCAGAGGAGGAACUAAAAGAAGAUGCGUGGGUGAUGGAAGAAACCAGAUCAAAUGUCAAAGAUGAAGUAUUAUCCCCGACGGAUGAGAAGUCUGACACAAUUUCUUUGGAUACAAAAGCUUCACAUGAUUCCACUGACUGGGCAAUUAAUACUGUGCUGGAUGCAAAUGGAAACUUGGAACCUGUUGACUUGAAAGAAGAGUCACAAGAAGAUGAAGUUGAUAACAUUCAGAAGCUGCCAGAUCUUGCUGACUCUGUCUCUGAGAUGAUUAGCCGAGAGAACUGGUGUCCUACUCCCGCGCUGGUCCAAGCAAAGCAGAGUCCCGACACAGCUGAAUGUGGCCAGUUAUCAAACGCAUCGUUGGCUGAUGAGUGCAGUUCAUCGAUGCCCGUGGCUAAUGAACCCCUCUGUCACUCCGAUGGACAAGUCAGUAACAGGACUGUGGAGACAGAGGAUCUGCUCACAAAGGUAGAGGAUGAUCAGAAUGUGGUGUACGAAAUUGGUGGAGUGACGACAAGCAGCUCAACUGUCGGGGACCCUGAAGCCUCGGAGACCCUGGAAGGUGGCGUUUUCCUGCUGCCCACCACUGCCUUUGAAGUGCAAGAGCCACGGCCGCAGCAGAGCCCCACCGGCACAGACGAGGCGGGUGGCAGCGUGCCGUCUGGGCAGCGGGACGGCUGCCCCGUGGUCUGCGAGGCGGAGGAGGAGAAGGACAGCAUGGCCGAAGUGCCCACUCGCGGCCCCACCUUCAGGCCGUCCAUCAGGUCGCUGUCGCCCUUCCGGAGGCACAGCUGGGGCCCUGGGAAAAACACAGGCAGCGAAACCGAGAUCAACCAGCGAAGUUCUGUGGGAAUGCUUGGUGAAGUCAUAAAGCGGCUGCCAAUUCAUAGAAGAAGUUACAGCCUGGAAGGACUGACGGGCAACAGCAGCGAGGUGACCAAGGAGCCGCCACACACCAUGGAGUCGGUUCUGCAGAGUACCCGGGACCCUCGGCGUACUCCAGUGGUCGGCACCGAUGAGCGCGGCUCGCUCGUCUCGCUGACCGAGGAAGAGAUGGAGUCGGACCACAGCGAGGGCAGCGUGUUUGAUAACUCGAAUUUGCCCAGGACUCAGCUGCAUUCUGCUCCUCCAUUAACGAAAUCCCUCUCGCUACAAGCCAUCAGUGUUCCAAGCACAGACAAUUUAAGACCGUCCACCAGUAAUUCUCUUGGCCAGAGCAUCUCAGAGGAGGGUAAUGGCCAGGUGCCACCGAGUCCGACACGAAAAGAUUCGGAAGGAAAAAGCAGCACCAAAGUGUAUCGGACGUUCAGCUACAUUAAGAACAAAAUGUCAAGUGGCAAACACAAGAACAAGGAGAAGGAGAAAACAAAAGAGAAGGACAAGAAAUCCACAAAUGGCCAUGCAUUCACUGCCAUCUUAGCAUAUGGCCCACCCCAAUGUCACCAGUGUAACAAGAGUAUAACCACCCGCGAGGCAUAUCUCUGUAACAAUUGCAACGUACAAGUUCACAAGGAUUGCAGGGAGAGUCUCAUAGCCUGCAGUAAGAUUAAACAGAAGCAACAAAAAACACCUCAGGCCCAAGAUUCAUCAACGUUACCCAAUGUUGUCAUCAUGAGAAAUAAACCAAUGCAAGCGAGAGAACGUCCAAGAUCAGCAGUAAUCAUUCCAGAUGACAACUUGUUGAUAGCUCCUAAUCGGAAGAUGCCUCUCUAUCGAUCACUUUCCAAGAGUAUGUCAAUAGCCAACAUCGCAGGACCUGCGAUUGAUGAAUCCUCCCUCGUUUCUUUGCGAGUUUUAUCUCAAUCGACCGACUCCCUGGACCACAUAAAACCAGCAAGAGAAUCACUGGAGUCCCUGACGGAUGAAGACUCUGCACUUGUGUUCCACAUCCCCACAGGUACUGAUGUCAUGGACGGACAGCUGAUGGGCGAGUUUGAGUUGGAGGCCAAGGAGCUGGAAGCGGACUCCUGGAGCAUGGUGGUGGACAACAAGUUCGUGCGGCAACAGAAGAAAGAUGUAAUCAAACGACAGGACGUCAUCUAUGAGUUGAUGCAGACAGAAAUGCACCACUUCCGGACGUUGAAGAUCAUGUCUGACGUCUACAGCAAGGGGAUGUCCAAGGAGCUGCAGUUUGAGACCUCCACUGUGGACCGCAUCUUCCCCAGCCUGGAGGAUCUCAUCGACAUUCACACUCAGUUCUUCACUCGUAUUCUGGAGAGAAGGAAAGAGUCCCUGGUGGAAAACAGUGACCGUAGUUUCAUCAUUAAACAGAUCGGGGAUAUUUUGGUGAAUCAGUUCUCGGGAUCCAGCGCCGAGCGAUUGAAGAACGCCUAUGGGAAGUUCUGCGGCCAGCACAACGAGGCGGUGAACUUCUACAAGGAGCUGUUGGCACGGGAGAAGAAGUUCCAGGCUUUUGUCCGGAAAAAAAUGUCUAGUUCCGUAGUUCGAAGAUUAGGGAUCCAGGAAUGUAUAUUACUGGUUACCCAAAGGAUUACCAAGUAUCCGGUGAUUGUCCAGAGAAUCAUUCAUCUUACCAAAGAAAACGAAGAUGAUUACGCUGACCUCACCAAGGCGCUGGUGAUGAUUAAAGAGGUGGUCGCAGCUGUGGACCACAAAGUGAAUGAAUGUGAGAAGAAGACCAGGCUGCAGGAGAUCCACAGCAGGACCGAGACCAAAGCCAUCAUGAGACUGAAGAGUGGCCAGAUGUUCGCAAAGGAAGACUUGAUACGGAGAAAGCUGGUGCAUGAUGGACCUGCCACUCUGAAAACAGCGGCAGGAAGACUAAAGGAGGUCCACGCUGUUCUGCUGUCCGACAUGCUUGUGUUUCUUCAAGAGAAGGACCAGAAGUAUACUUUUGCUUCGUUGGACCAGAAGUCGACGGUGGUGCCGCUGCAGAAGCUGAUUGUGCGGGAGGUGGCGCACGAGGAGAAGGGCUUGUUCCUCAUCAGUGCCGCAGCCCAAGAGCCGGAGAUGUACGAGGUGCGGGCAAGCUCCAAAGAGGAGAGGACCAACUGGAUGCUGAUGAUUCAACAGACAGCCGACACCAUGGUUCAGGAUGAAGAUGAGGGAAUUCCAAGUGAGUCGGAGGAAGAUAGGCGGCAACUGGAGAGCAGAGCCAAAGAGCUGAAAGAAAAGCUGCAGGAAAGAGACCAACAAAUCCUCUUGUUGCUGGAAGAAAAGCUGCGGCUGUACAAGGAAAUGGUAGAAUCGAGUGGCCAUGAAGAGGCAUCUCAGAGCUUGAUUUCAAGGUCUCUGUUCAGAGCUAAUUCAGAGGAAGCCCCGAAAGGCGAGUCGCUGAUCAAGGAUGCAAUGAAGGAAGCGGAGAUCCUACAGAACCUGCUGUCGCAGAGCUUUGGAGGUGCCCUUGGACAACAGGUAGCUGGCACACCAGAGCAGGAGGGAGCCAUGGGCCACAUCUCUCUGCCCAGGAGAGCGGAGACAUUUGGAGGCUUUGACAGCCAUCAGAUGAAUGCCGUGAAAGGUGGAGAGAGGGACGAAGUGGAAGAUGCACAAGACCUCCGCAGAACAGAGUCAGACAGUGUUUUAAAGAAGGGGCUGAUGGCGAAUCUGCUUCUGCCAAUCAGAAAGAACGAGCUUGUGCUUCAGAAGGUGCUGAACCUCCAGCAAUUGCUGCUUGGGUUACAGGCAGUGGUGGUGCAACAGGACUCGUUCAUCGAGGACCAGAAGCAGGCCCUGAGCGAGCGGCUGGUGCGGUCACAGGCCCGCCCCAACACGCUGAUCGAGCAGGAGAAGCAGCGCAGCCUGGAGAAGAACCGGCAGGAGCUGGCCAACCUGCGCCGGCAGCUGGAGGAGCGGCGGCGCUGGGAGAAGGACUGCGAGAGCCGGGAGAGGGAGCUGAACGAGCGGGAGGCCGGGGCGGCACUGCGGGAUGACGAGACCGCCAGGCAGCGGGCCGAGGUGGAGAAGCAUCGCGAGGAGUUGCGGAUGAAGAAGGAUGAGUAUCAGCAGGACCUGGAGAGGCUGCGGACCACUCAGAGGCAGCUGGAGAAGGAGCGGGAGCUGCUGAAACGCAGGGAGGAGCAGCUCACCCACCAGAGACAAGAAGACCUCUUGCACUCUGACUCCCUCAGCUCACAGGCUUCAGACCGAGACUCUGCAACGCAAGCAGACGAGGGCUCGCCGAGCACGACGAAACACCCCAGUUGCAACUCGUUAAACCAGGAGCCCACGGACGCACCCCUCGCCAAGAGGAGCUCGUCGGAGAACUUGCCCGACCCCCCCUGCACAGACACCACACAGGCCUCCUCCAAGAAACCCACCAAUCAACCAAGUGGCACUAACCAGACUAACAACCCCAUCCCCCCACGGUUACUCAAGCUAGCCAAGCCGAAGGAGAAGAAGUCCAAGCACCGCAAGAACAAGGGGCAGAGGUCUGGGAACCUGCCAUCGGAGUAUGGACCUGAUGUCCUCCCAGCAACAGGCAACCCGAAGUUCCACCAAGCAGGCUCGGACACGAAGCGUCCUGCAACUGAGCUACUGGGCAGCGAGGAGGUUUUCUACUGUUGAGCUAUCCUGCACUAGGACUGGACUGGCACCUCGGGUGUUUGGGGAGGCAGUGGGAGGAGAGAGAGAGGAGACCGGCAUUGCUGCAAUGCCUCUGUGUGGGUGUCUUCAGUUGGUCCAACCAUGUCUUCCUCCACUUCUAGUUGUGAAGGUUUUGCUCCAAGUGCAGGCAGAACCUAUCAAUAUAUAUAUAUAUAUAGUUGGUGCAAUGACCUCUCUGCACAACAAAAGAAUCGAUUGGGAAAGCACUGACCCAGGGCACUAAAAAAGAAAAGUGAAGUCUGCGGGCAAAGAUUUAAUGUCCCGACUGCCGUUGGGUGCGGAUGGAGAUAAAAUUCAAUCGGGAAGAGAAAUGUUCACCACUGUUUUCCGUUCUGUUAAGUUCGAACAUUGGAACUGUAACAAAGCAAGAGGCUGCGGCUCCCUCUCAGUUGUGUCAGGAGAGAAGAGCCCGUGUUUGAGGUACCUCCGUCACUGGACUUAUCCGAGGAGGUGGAUUCAGAGUUUGACAUUUGACUGGUUUGAUUUAAGCUUUUGAUGUCUCCCGCAGCGAAAAAUCACAGACGAUCCAUGUAACAAACUUGGUGAACAGCGCCUUGGUCAACAACCCCUCAUGAAAGGUCUUUCACCACCAGAUCUCGACGUACUCUCUCCUGGCACAAACUGUGAGGAAUGGCACUGUGCUAAUUGACCUAUAGUCCAGUGAGAAUGCUCCACUCUCCCCCGUUCAAUGAAGCUUCAUCCACACACUGUGGGCAUUGGUGGAGAGAGAGCUCCUGAUGCUUUUAAAUCUACCCGACCAAAAUUAUCUGACCAUCUGGAAAAUAAGGGUGGCUAAAAUCGGACAAGCUGCAGAGGCCAGAGAGCGAAGCACCGGCCAAAUAUCUUUCUUAUCAUUUCCGGUGUUGCUGGGAAGAAAAAUCUCUCUCCAACGCACCACGGGGUUAUAAAUGUAAAUAGCAUUGCCGUGUGUGCAAUGGCUUUUAAUGGAAGUGCGAUUCUCCCUUUUGAGGGAGACAAUGGUUCUGAGGUUUGGUCUUCCCCCUUCCAAAAUGUUAAUAUUUUUAAAAAAAUUGAGGGGGGAAAAACAACGUCAAAUAUUAGUGUAAAAUUAAAUCCUGAAUGUAUAAUGUUUUUAAAAAGCGAAAAUUGUACAGUUGCAAGGGUGGAAUGUGUCCACAAAGGUUUAUACUUGAUUUCUUUUACUUUUAUAUCCAUUCUAUUAGAAUGCUGAUGGGAUAUUUUAAUUGCCUUUGUUUGGAUCAUCUCAAUUCCGAAAAAUGUACAGCAUGGUCUUUGUCUGGACUGCUUAUAAUUUGAGGGGAGAGUUAGACCAAGGUGUAGCGUGUCAUUCUCUGGAGCCUGGCUUUAAAUCCAACCCAGACUGACGGGGGGUCAGGAUGUCCAGUCCACUUAACGGGGUCCUGUGUGGAAUGUGCUUCAUCAACGACAGAGUAUAAAGUUACCUGUGACUUGGCAUUAAAUGGGGGAAGUCUCACUCACUCACGCACACUGUUGAUAACUGAUCUGGGGCAAAUGGAGAGGUGCCGCAUUGGGUCCUUUGACCAGGAGGCCUAGCUCUUUGUGCAGCCAUUCCCGUGCAUCCUUGAGACUUGGUCAGGCACCUGUCAGGGUUCCACCCCACAGCAUCGUGUGGGGCAAAGGCUCGCUGUUACCACUGAUCACCUUCACAUUCUCUAAGGCACCUCAUGAAGGAGCACUGGAUGCUUUCUUGAAUACUGCGUAGGAAGGAACUGCAGAUGCUGGUUUACACCAAAGUGCUGGAGUUACUCAGCAGGUCAGGCAGCAUCUCGGGAGGAAAGGUAUCGGUGACCUUUCGGGUCAGAUUGAAGAAGGGUCUCGACCCUUCACGUCACCUAUUCCUUUUCUCCAGCGAUGCUGCCUGAUCUGCUGAGUAACUCCAGCAUUCUGUGUCUAUCUUCUUGAUUUCUGUGUUGUGUUAAAGUGCGGGUUAGGUUGAACAAGGUGAGAGGCCAUGGGGAGAGGAGAAUUUGCACUGUUUCAUUGUAGCGGGACCAGAAUCACCCAGUUUUGCCUUUGCCUUCAUAUCUCUGCCUUGCGGGUAGGGACUGUAGCCGCGAGGAAAGGAAAUGGCCAGAUCCACAGAAUGAGAAACAUAGAACGGUUCCUGUGGAGCCCCAGGUUACGUCUCACAUUAGGUUGUGUAAGAUUGAGUUGUGUCUUUCGAGUUGGGUACAGACAAACAACUGCAGGCUGUUCAAUUGGAUUCCAUGAACUCAUGGUGAAUUUGUCGUUGUCUAGGACCGUUAACUCACGGAACCAACAAUUAAAAUCGUGGGCACACCUCACCACCGGCCUAUUUUGAAGGGUCAUCAUCUGAGCAUGGUUUGAUGCCAAGAAGCACUUUAAAGGAAAAAAAAUAUUCAUACACUGUGGAAAUAUUUCUUAUUGCUUCAAUCCGAAAUCAAUUCCAAUUCCAUGAUGUAUGUUUUAUUAUUGUGGUUUCACAAAAGCAAAUGUCAGGGAAAUAUUUCACUCGAGUCUGAAUGUGCAAUGGCAUUUCAGUUUUGGUUCUGUCUCCAAUACCAAUGGGAAUGGGAAUGCGUUUUACCAAAUACCUAGUCUGCAUGGAGAGAGUCCAAGCAGAGAGCAGGAAUUAAUGCUUUCAACACAUUCUGUGGUCAAGUUUCCAUUUUAUAACCUCAAGGCACUGCUAAAAAUUUCAGAAAUGUUAUUUUUAAUAUUUGUAUAGAAUUUUUCUUCCACUUUUUUUGUGGAUUUUGAUUUGAUUAUUUAAUUAUAGAAAGGGUCAGUGUUUUUUUUCUGGGACAGGGAUCUAUCUCACACAUUGAUCUUAUGUUUGUGUGGCUCCCAGCUCUUAGACUAUUGAGGAAAGUUCAAUGUCAGAGUUGUUCAGAAACCCAGCUCUGCUAAAUCUAUGUCUAUCCCACCCCAGAAAACUAUUCCUGUCUGGUACAUCCAUUAACCUUUCUUAUCUCCCCCAUCUCCCCAUCUCCUCUCUUGAAAGGUACUAACUCAUGCUGGGUCACGGUUUCCAUGGAUACUGGUUGGUCGUUGCACAGGGCCUCAUCCAGCCAUCCACUUCAUUCUUAUCCAAGCCCUGGUUGGUGUAGAAACAUUCAACCCUUAAGGCAGUUACAUCCAAGGAAGAGGAACCUCUCUCACCUCAUUCCACCCCACCCGACCCCCAUCCCCCCCCCAUAAUGAGUGGCAGAAACUGGUGAGAGUUGAUGGGAAUGUGGGAGUGGGUUACGGGAAAAUAAAUGUGGAA